CUUCCCGUAAACUGUUCAAGAACUUCCAAGCAUUUUCCAUCUUGUACAUUUGGAACAGAAAGCUACAAACAAAACAGCUAUAUUCAAAAGUCUCUCUUUUGAAUAAUUACUAACAGGACCUUUCCACAAGUUGAAUGAUCAAAGGACUUAAAGUUUGGCCUCAAACCCCAAAUUUUAUUCAACAAAUUACUUCACACACGGCAUAUCUUUCUUAUAAAAAAAGCUUCAAUCCUCCAAAGCCCGGCCAAAUUUUUUAAAUAUUCUGAGAAAGAAAACAAUAUCAGAAUGGCAAUUGUUACUACCAAGUUAUUAUUUUCCCUUUAUUCUCUUCUCCUUCUUUUUAUUGUAUCUCUAACCAAAGCCCAGUCAAAUUUUUUGUACAACUUCUGUCUAAAUGAUAAAGGAAACUACACAACCAAUAGCACAUAUCAAAACAAUCUCAACACCCUUUUGUCUAAUCUCACUUCCAACACACAAAUCAACUACGGUUUCUACAAUUUCUCCCACGGCCAAAACAACGACAAAGUUAACGCAAUUGGACUCUGCAGAGGAGAUGUUAAACCAGAUGUUUGCCGCAGUUGUCUCAAUGAUUCAAGAGUUCUUCUCACAAAGCUUUGUCCAAAUCAAAAAGAAGCUAUUGGUUGGUAUGAUAACUGCAUGUUACGCUACUCGAACCGAUCAAUAUUCGGUAUUAACGAAGAAUCACCUACUUUUUAUAUGUGGAACAAUUACAACGCAUCAGAGGUUGAUCAAUUUAAUAAAGUUCUCGGGAACUUGAUGACGAAAUUGAAGGAAAAAGCAGCAUCAAGUGAUUCUCGUCGUAAGUUUGCCACGGAUAAUGACACUGAUGUUAAUUUUCAAACCAUAUACGGUCUUGUGCAGUGUACACCUGAUUUGUCAUAUCAAGAUUGUAGUGAUUGUUUAGAAGCUGCUAUCUCAGAAAUUCCUAGUUGUUGUAAUAACAAGAAAGGUGGGAGAGUUGUUAAAGCAAGUUGUAAUAUCAGAUAUGAAACCUAUCGCUUCUAUGAUCCCACACCUAUAAUAGAUCUGGAAAAAACCUCUCCUCCACCACAAAGUUCACCACAAGAAAAAAGCAAAUCAUCGCAUACUACCAUCACCAUAGUAGUGCCUAUUGUUGUCGCUGUUGUUGUUGUUGCUGCUCUCCUAAGUUUCAUUUGCAUAUACUUAAUGAAAAGUAAGCCAAAGAUGAAUCAUGAAGAAAUAGAACACGAUCACGAUGAUAUUGAAAUCGAGGAGUCAUUGCAAUUCAAUUUCGAUACAAUACAAGUGGCAACAAAUAACUUUUCUGAAGCUAAUAAACUCGGACAUGGCGGAUUUGGAAUUGUUUAUCAAGGAACACUCUCUACUGAACAAGUGAUUGCAGUAAAACGGCUGUCAAAAGGUUCUGGUCAAGGAGAUAGUGAAUUUCAGAAUGAAGUGCAAUUAUUGGCUAAACUUCAACAUCGGAAUUUAGUUCGACUACUUGGUUUUUGUUUAAAAGGAAAAGAAAGACUACUUAUCUAUGAAUUUGUUCCUAAUAAAAGCCUCGACUACUUUUUAUUUGAUCCACUAAAGAGAGCUCAAUUAGACUGGGAAAGACGCUAUAAAAUUAUUGAAGGUAUUGUUAAAGGACUUCUUUACCUUCACGAGGAUUCUCGACUUCGCAUUAUACAUCGUGAUCUUAAAGCAAGUAAUAUUCUCUUGGACAACAAUAUGAAUCCUAAAAUAUCAGAUUUUGGUAUGGCCAGACUACUACUUGUUGAUCAAACUCAAGUAAAUACAGAUAAAAUCGUUGGAACAUAUGGAUAUAUGGCUCCUGAAUAUGCAAUGUUUGGACAAUUUUCAAUAAAAUCAGAUGUUUUUAGUUUUGGAGUACUAAUUCUAGAGAUUAUAAGUGGCCUGAAAGUUUGUGGCAUUCUUCAUGAGCAGAGUAUGGAAGACUUACUUAGCUUUGUGUGGAGAAAUUGGAGGGAGGGUACAAUCACAAAUAUAAUUGAUCCAUCAUUAAACAAUAGUUUACAAAAUGAAAUAAUGAGAUGCAUUCACAUUGGUUUACUAUGUGUUCAAGAAAAAGUGGUUGAAAGGCCAACUAUGGCUACUAUUGCACUCAUGCUUAAUAGUUAUUCAGUCUCUUUACCUUUCCCUUUGGAGCCUGCAUCUUUUAUAGGAGGCAGAACUGGAAGUCUUUCAAUUUCAGACAUGCAAUCUGGUGAAAAUAGUGCAGGGAUAAUAAGGUCAAGUCAAUCCAAGAGUAUAUCAACAAAUGAUGAUUCAAGUGAUGAGUUAUCGGCAUGUGGGUGAUAUGCUCAUUUAGCAUCAUUGUUUCAACCAAAAUACAUAUGUUUAUGUUAAGUGUUGUUUAUAUAUGUAGAUUAUUCUGAACCAACAUGU